GCCGAGGGAGCCCACGGAGCCCGACGGAGCCCGACGGAGCCGAUCGGAGCGGCGGCGGCGCGAGCUGGAGGCGGCCGGCCCGUGUUCGUCGGCCUCCGGCUCAACUGACCGCGGGCAGGCCCGCCGGAGACGGGCGGGCGGGAGGCUCGGAGCUUGUUUAAUGAAAAGUGCCAUACAUUGAAAAACCAAACAUGAGGGUAGCAGGUGCUGCAAAGCUGGUGGUGGCGGUGGCAGUGUUUUUACUCACAUUUUAUGUGAUUUCUCAAGUAUUUGAAAUAAAAAUGGAUGCAAGUUUAGGAAAUCUAUUUGCAAGAUCAGCAUUGGACGCAGCUGCACGUUCUACAAAGCCUCCUAGAUAUAAAUGUGGAAUUUCAAAAGCUUGCCCUGAGAAGCACUUUGCUUUUAAAAUGGCAAGCGGAGCAGCCAAUGUGGUGGGACCCAAGAUCUGCCUAGAAGAUAACAUUUUAAUGAGUGGCGUUAAGAAUAAUGUUGGAAGAGGAAUCAAUGUUGCCUUGGCAAAUGGAAAAACAGGAGAAGUAAUAGACACGAAGUAUUUUGACAUGUGGGGAGGAGAUGUGGCACCAUUUAUUGAGUUUCUGAAGAGCAUACAAGAUGGAACGAUAGUACUGAUGGGAACCUACGAUGAUGGAGCAACCAAACUCAAUGAGGAGGCACGGCGGCUCAUUGCAGAGCUGGGCAGUUCUUCGAUCACUAAUUUGGGCUUCAGAGACAACUGGGUCUUCUGUGGUGGGAAGGGCAUUAAGACAAAAAGCCCUUUCGAACAGCACAUAAAGAACAACAAGGAUACCAACAAAUACGAGGGAUGGCCUGAAGUUGUGGAGAUGGAAGGCUGCAUCCCGCAGAAGCAGGACUAAAGAGGAAGCAUGGGACCCGGAAGGCAGCCACUUUGACCGCUGUUGGCUGAGCUCGAAAGGAGAAACCACGUGUAAAUAUUUUAGGAGCAUGCCACAGUCUUGGUGUCCGCAUGAGCAUUCUUUCUUUUGCUAUCAGGAGUAUUUAUUACUAACGUAAAUGGAUAUCUUUGUAAAUAGUCAACCCCAGCAAGCGGGUCGCUGGUUCCUGAGUGGGUCUCCCUGCGAGAAGAGUGUGCAGACUGCUAAGGGGGCAAUACGUUGUAACUCUGGAAACAGGCGGACAGAAAGCCAGAUUGUUGAAACUGUACUGACAUGUAUACUGGUUGCUGUGAAAAUAUGUCAUGGGAUAGUACCAGAUCUUAGAGAAGAGACUUGGUUUUCUUUUAUAUAAAUCAUAUGUUUGUAUGUAUGUAAGUAUUUUUGAAUAUCCUUUAUGAUGACCAUAUCUUUUCAAUUGAGAUUUGGCUCAUUGUGUAAUGUUACUUUACAGUCCAGCCCUCCUGAUGUAACUUUUUGUUUGUUGUUUUUCUUCCUUCCCAAUAAGGGAGUAACACAUUUGAUAUGAAAACUUACAUCAGAAACGUGAAAAGCACAAUGAAUCUUUUUAAAAUAUAUUCGUUCAAAAGUAAAUAUAUAAAUGUAAACUGGCAUUCACUUCUCAAUAUGAAUAACUUGAUUCUAUGCAGGAGCACCUCAAGAAUUCAUGGGAAGUGUAAUUAAAAUAUAGGGUUUAGCUAGAUGUAAAGCACAGCGUGCAUGCAUGGGAUCUUCAGAACGUUUGUGGAAAACUCUUAUGAAAAAGUACGUGGAUUUCUUUUUUUUUUUUUUUUUUUUGGCAUCGAAAUAAACAUACCUUUGGUUGUAGUUUCCCCUGUUUUUGAAGUGCCCUGUAUGUAAGCUGGCAGCGCUGAGGUGGCACAGGGCGCCUGAGCCACAGCACCUGCCCAGCCUCAGGUGGCGGGGGCACACUUGGGCCGGGACCUCUGCAGAGCCGUGCUGGCAUGGGUUUUCAUGAUUCAGUUGUCAGCAUUUACCAAAUGGAGAUCGGUUAGAUUUGGGACAUGCAAAGAGGCAUUUUUUAGUAGCACAAUAGUUUUGAUUCAUAACUGACAAGUUAAUUCUCCAUUGUGUAACUUCAUAAUAGCAGUUAUUGCCCUAAGCUAUAGUGGUAUAUUUAGAAAAGUUCUAAUUACUGAAUGGACUGAUAGCAUUUAAAAAAUAACUUUAUUGACCCAGAAUGACCUUCUGCCCAAUUCCACAUAGAAAUAUAGGAGAUCUAUCCUUUUGGUGGUGUUUUUCUUUUUUAACUUUAGAUGUUCACUAAAUGAGUUUUUUUUUUUCCCUUUUAUUCUUUCAUUGUCUCUCUCUUCGGUCUUUUAGGGCAUUAAAUACCUGUUGUUUGUAAAUCUCCUAAACUGGAACAUGAACAAAUUGACUGAUCAAAAUACCGUUAGCAACAUAAGGCAGUAGUUAAAUUUUGAGCCUGACUUUUAGAUGACUUAUGGUAAAACCUAAACACAGUAUUUGUUAUUUCACUGUAAACCAAGUUAGGAGCUUUUCAUAGAUUUGUUUUUGAGUGUUCAUGAGAUAUCUGGUAUUGUUCUUUCCUCAAAGUGAAUGUAGGUCAUGAAUAAAUGCAAUUAUUUAUGCAUUUAAAUAAUGUUUGUAUAUUUUCCGGAUUUUUGGUGCUUAUAUUGCGAAAUCACAUCCAACAUGUAUAUUUUGACAUUUAGAAAAAUCUCCACAUUUCUGUAAAUUAAAAGAGUAGCUAUUUUACAGUUCUUGGAUUGUGAAAUAAAUGUGCUUUUUUAUAAUAAUGA